UUUCUGUAUGCAAUUCAAAAUAAAAGAAUAUCAAUUCCCAAGCCCCAUCUUAAUGGCUGUAGGAGUAAGGAACUGCACCAUAAGAUUCAUGGAAGUUGAAUCAUCAUCACCCAUGAAAUGCUCGCUCUCCUAUAGAAAACAAUCUGUUCAUUUCUCUAACUCUUCUAACCAACAGAGGUAUAAUCAGUGUUGCUCAUUGUCUAUGAAUGGAUGCCAAGGCGAUCCAAGAGCUCCUAUUGGAACCGUAGAAACUCGAACGUUGCCUGCGGUUUCUAGCCCUGCAUUGGCCAUGGAACAUCUCAAUUCCGCCAUCUCUGAUAUGAUUAUGUCCCAGCCUCCUCCUUACAAUUCCGGAAUCAUUCGCCUCGAGGUGCCAAUUGAAGAGCAGAUUGAAGCACUUCAGUGGCUUCAUGCGCAGAACCAUCUCCUCCUCCCUCGCUGCUUCUUCUCCGGUCGAAGAGUUGCUUCUGAAAUGUGCAUUAAUGGAACCUCUUCUCAUUCUAAAUUGGUCAGUGUAGCUGGUGUCGGCUCUGCUGUCUUCUUUACUCAUUUACGUCCUUUCUCAUUAGACGAUUGGCGUGCUAUAAGAAGGUUCCUCUCCAAGAAAUGUCCACUAAUUCGUGCUUAUGGGGCAAUCCGAUUUGAUGCAACAGCCAAUAUAGCUUCUGAAUGGAGUGCUUUUGGCUCAUUUUAUUUCAUGGUUCCUCAGGUUGAGUUUGAUGAACUUGAAGGAAGUUCGAUUAUUGCUGCAACUAUUGCAUGGGACAAUGCUGCCUCAUGGACAUACCAGAGGGCAAUAGAUGCACUUCAGGCCACAAUAUGGCAGCUUUCCUCAGUUCUUAUGACAGUGCAGAAAACAAUUCCUCAUUCUCAUAUACUCGCCAAUACACAUGUGCCGGGUAAAGCAUCUUGGGACCAUGCUGUUAAGCGUGCUUUGCAAAUAAUAAGCAGAAAUGACUCCGUACUGAUCAAGGUGGUACUUGCUCGUAGCACCAGAGUUGUGACAGCUGCAGAUAUUGAUCCGCUAACAUGGCUGGCUCGCUUAAAGGUUGAAGGAGAAAAUGCAUAUCAGUUCUGUUUGCAACCCCCCCAUUCGCCGGCAUUCAUUGGAAACACUCCAGAGCAGCUAUUUCAUCGGGACCGCCUCAGCAUUUGUAGUGAGGCUUUAGCUGGAACACGGGCUAGGGGUGGAUCAGAGCUUCUGGAUCUUAAGAUAGAACAGGAUUUACUAUCCAGUGCUAAGGACCAUAAUGAGUUUGCUAUAGUACGGGAGUGCAUAAGAAGAAGAUUGGAGGCUGUGUGUUCAAGCGUUCUAAUUGAACCAAAGAAAGCCAUAAGAAAAUUUCCAAGAGUUCAGCAUCUUUACGCUCGAUUGAGGGGGAGACUCCAGGCUGAAGAUGAUGAGUUUAAGAUUUUGUCGUCUGUGCACCCUACUCCAGCAGUUUGUGGGUAUCCUACAGAAGAUGCACGGGCUUUUAUUUCAGAAACUGAAAUGUUUGACCGAGGAAUGUAUGCUGGUCCUGUUGGUUGGUUUGGAGGGGAAGAGAGUGAAUUUGCUGUUGGAAUAAGGUCAGCUUUAGUUGAAAAGGGUCUUGGUGCAUUAAUUUAUGCUGGAACUGGGAUAGUGGAAGGAAGUGAUUCAUCUCUAGAAUGGGAAGAGCUAGAGCUAAAGACUUCACAGUUCACCAAAUUGAUGAAACUUGAGGCACCUCUUUUGACUAGAGGACAAAGUAGGAUUAUCAAUCAGAAUCAGAAAGUUCAAAGAGCCUGAAAAUCUUGUUAGCCUGCCCGCGUCUGAUCCUUCCCUGGGGUGGAUCAUAUCAGGACCCUUCAUGAAUUUAUGAUUGUGAUUUCCAGAUUCCACGAAGAAGGCUCCGUUCAUCAUCAGAUCUCCCUGUGAUCUCCACACCCAAUCCUUCCACACACUCUCAGGUGCAUCAUCCCUUUUGGUCACCUACAAGAAAAGGUAAAUGAGAAUGAGCAUGUAUCUUCAAUAAGAGCUAAGUCACAUGUAGUAUUCUUGAUUUGUUCAUUCUUUUCAUACACAAGAUAGUGAUGCAACCUUGUUGGUUAUGGAUAUUGUUGAUCUUGUUUA